CAUACACGAAACACAAGUAAAUUAUGGUCUCGCACGCAAAAGCGUGUUGUCAUUGCGCGUACGAUUUUGGUUCAUUUCACAGAAAGCGCUCCACCGUUUCUACCCAUUUUCUCACUACUAUUAUACUUAAACACAUAAAUAGAUCACAAGUCUUAACUGUAAGUAAACCACCAGAUCCAUUUUCCGGCGGAGCUAUGGCGGAGUGCUGCCAACGCUGCUGCGGCUUCAUAAUCACCUCCGGCCUCGCCGCCCUCUUCCUCUGGCUCAGCCUCCGCACCUCCGCCCCGACUUGCUCCAUCCAGGACUUCUACGUCCCUGCCCUAAACAUUUCCGGCAACUUUUCCGGCAACCACAGCCUCUACUUCGAUCUCAAGCUGGACAACCAGAUGAAGGACAAAAGCGUCCACUACGCCAACAUCACACUCACCUUCUUCUACAAUAAUGCCACGCCCCAUCUUCCGAUUGCCAAUUUCACGGUGCCGGAAUUCAAACAGGGCCACAAGAAGAAUACCCGCCGGAAAGCUCUGGUCGAGGCCGCCGGCGUGCCGUGGUCGGCGGCCAUCGGAGCCGUCUCGAACGGCUCGAGCUCGACGGUGAGCUUCAGCGUGCGGCUGGUGACGCGGGUGAAGUAUAAGAUCGUGUUCUGGUACACGAAGCGGCACAGCCUGGCGGUGGCCGGCGACGUCGAGGUCAACGGCUCCGGGAAGAAGGUCAAGAAGAAGGGGAUUAAAAUGAAGAAGUCCGGGGCCCCGGGUCCGAAUGGCGAUCGGGUCGGGGUAGUAGGACCCAUGGUUGCUGCUUUCGCUUUAUUGUUCUUCACGUUGUUUUAGUAAUUUGAUUUGAACCUUACCUGAGAGAAACAUGUGUUGCUGUACAUAAUUUUACGUAGGCCAAUCAGCACUUGUUUCUGUCUGCCACGUCGGAUUCAGAUUACAUUGUUUUUUGCCGUAGCUCUUAUUAGGGGUUUUGUUGGUUUUAUUUCAAAUCACUUUUUAUAUUAUUUUUUAGAAAAAAAAUAAAAGUCAAUUUUUGAUU